GAAGCGAGAUCCUUCACAAGAGACUUCGUCAUGGGUGCAGCGUUGUGCUCGUGCGGCGGCCCGGAAGACCAGGGGCUCAAUGGCUUAGGCUACGACCGACUAGGAAGUCUGAAAACCGGUCGCGUAGCCGCCGUCGUGGGAAAAUACGGCGCCUUCCCGCCAAAAUAUCAUCAUCUCCAGCAUCCAGAGCACAGUUCGCUGCUACUGAGUCGCGGUGAGACGUACGCGUUGUCAGACGAUGCACGUGAAGAAGGAGGCGACGACACAUACGCCGGUAACGCUCGGGCCUUAGCCGACGCCUUCCGGGCCAAACUACAGGAGCCACCGCUCAGUCCUCGUAGUAAAUUUAAUCUGCUGAGUUCUCGCCUGGCACUAGGCAGCUUGGCCACCACAGAGAGCAGCAGAGACUCGGGUAGCGACGAGGACGCAGCCAAGCAAAGGAAACAGCGCGGCUGGAACUCGUACGCAUUCCCAGAUGAAGAGAGCGACGACGACGAGUCCGUCACGGAGGAAGACUGGAAGCAGCGCGCCAACCCACUCAUCACAAUCAUCGUGCCGCCCGGACCGUGCGGACUCGUGCUGCAAGUGGAUCGCGACGACUCUGGCGCUCCCGUAGUGGACGGAUUUGUCCGUAAGUACGACGGUAGGAAGAGUACCAUCGAGAACUCAAGUCUCGUCAAGAAAGGCAGCGUGUUGUGCGCCAUCAACGACAUCGACGUGACGCGCAUGCCGCUCAAGGAAGUCAUCCGUACCCUCAACCUCUCGUCUCACCUUGAACGCGCCUUCACGUUCCGAAACAGCUUGCAGCACCGCAACUCCAUGUGAUCAAGAGAAGAAGAGGAGAAACUCAAGACCGUUCGUUGCAUGUGCUCUUUUUUUA